AGGAACUACAUCAACACCACAAUAAGCUCGAUCGAUCUACUACAUACACUUACGACGAUGGAUUCAAAUGCCGACAAGAACAAAGAGUCUACUGAAGACAUGAUGGCUAUCGAUGAAAGUCCGAUCAAUCAGGAAGUGGCCGUCAAGCGAAAAGGGAGAGGUUUCAAAGCAGGCGACGCGACUGAACCGAUGGAAGUUGAUGCUUCUGCCGGCCAAGUGAUCUAUGAACGGUUAGACGAUGAGCACCAGAAGGAGAAAGAACAAACCGCUGGAAAUGCCGCCCGAUCUGUCGAAGGAUGGGUGGUCAUCGUGCAAGGUGUACACGAAGAAGCAACUGAGGAAGAUUUGAUGGAGAAGUUUAGUGACUAUGGACAUGUGAUGAACUUGGCUAUGCCACUAGAUCGUCGGACGGGUUAUGUAAAGGGAUAUGCUUUAGUAGAAUAUGAGACUAGGAAAGAGGCCGAAAUGGCAAUCAAAUCGGGGACAGAUAGUAAACUAUUGGACCAGACAUUGAAGUGCGAUUUUGCGUUUGUUCGGGCUCCUACUGGAGCUUCGGCACCUAUCGGACAGCCUAAAGUUCGUCGCGGAGGUAGAAGUCGAAGUCCGCCCAAAAAACCACUUGUCAAUCGGAUCGAUUAAUCCUCACAAUUCCAAUCCCCCCGCCAAAAAAAGAUGAUCUUCUCUUUACCCGAUCUGUCUCUCUUCCUUUCUCCUCAUAACUUCCAAGAGUCCAUCUACGUAUGCCUGUAGAACAAUCUUGUCGGUCUGAUUUUUUUCGAAACAAAAAAAAACAAAACAUAUUGCAUCAAAUUUGCUUGUUCUUAUAUCCAGAAAUAUUAAACUCGAUUUUCUUUGCUCUUCAAGGAACCAGUUUAUGGGCCGACUAUGUAUGGGACAAUAGGAUCAAUUAAAGCAAAUGAUGUAGAGAGAGGAACCAAAAAAGCCCAUGCGUCUAUCCACAUUAACUGCAUUGAUCACAGCACGCCAUCCAGUCCAAUUC